GAUGCGCCUGAACGGAAUUAAAUGAAACUCUUGUAGCUCUUUCAUUUGACAUUAGGAUGCUAACACUUUAGCCAAAGGAAAUGUGUGACAAGUGUGCACCGACACCAGUGAAGAAAACGGGUAUAUUUGUUUUGAUGUUGUAUUUUAUGAUUGAAACUGUCACACGAUAUGACAAACAUGUGUUCCUGUUAAAAAAAGGAAGUGAACUGGUUGCUCAUAGCAUUGUGGAGGUGUUAGUGAAUGAAGCUGUUAUAAGGACACAACAGUUAGCUGGUUAACCUUGUAGGAAAUUGACAGAUGUCUGCUCCGGCGUUGGAUCAGUAUCUACUGUGGAAGUGAAUCUCUGACGGUUUUUUAAAGCUGCACUUCAGACAUCUGACCUCAAAAUGAGGUACAGAGGAGCUCGGAUCUGUCUCUGGGCUCAUGGUUCAUGCUGUGUGUCUCGACACACCUGGUCUGGCAGAGUCACUCUGGUCCGAACCUACAGUGCUCACCAUCAGCCGGGCCCCCCUCAGCCAGCUGACUCUAACCCCCCCGACGGGAAGGGCGGAUCUGAAGUGGUGAAGGAGCGUGCUCUGGCUGCUUUACAGUAUGCUGGUGAGGUUGGACGGCAGUGGGGUCAAAAGUCGGCUGAGACGGCCACCGUUACGGUCAACUACUGGUGGGAGAGAUAUGAGGAGUUUGUCGGGCUCAACGAGGUCCGUGUGGCCCAGACCAAGGUCACAGAGGCUGAAGCAGCGUUCAUGGUGGCCAGAGGGAUGGUACGUGAGGCUCACAUCGGUCUGGAGGCCCUGCAGGUCAGGCUGAAGGAGGUCAGAGACCGACUGGACCGAGUCUCCAGGGAGGAGGCUCACUACCUGGAGCUGGCCACACAGGAGCACAAACUGCUGCAGGAGGAGCGUCGUCUGCGGACGGCCUACGAGAACGCAGAGGGCUCGGAGAGGGAGAAGUUCGCGUUGUUCUCAGCGGGCGUCAGAGAGAGCCACGAGAAGGAGAGGACGAGGGCAGAACGCACCAAGAACUGGUCCAUCAUCGGCUCUGUGCUCGGAGCUUUGAUCGGAGUCAUGGGAUCAACAUACAUCAACCGGGUCCGCCUUCAGGAGCUGAAGACUUUGCUGCUGGAGGCUCAGAAAGGUCCGGAGAGUCUGCAGGAAGCCCUCAAAGUCCAGGCUGGAAACCAUCGCUCCCAGCAGGACGAGCUCGGCGGACUCAUCGACAAUCUGAGGGUCGCUGUGAACGACGCCUACACACAGAGAGACAUCGUCCUUCAGACCUCAGAAGCACCCGCCGUGCCUCUUUCUGCCUUGAAAGACCUCCACACAGGCAGCAAGAAGACAGAGUCCCUCCUGGAGUCCCUGUCGCCACAACUGGGACAACUGGAGCAGGGACUGGGAAGAGUGGCGGCCGAUUUAUCGUUGGUGAGGAGGCUGCUGGAGACCAAACCACAGGCUGAAACAAAGUCUGAAAUACAGGAUGAACCGAAGGCUGUUCAGCUGCAGGUAGCAGCACCACAGACCGCAGAGAGACGGGACCAGCUGGAGUCUGAGGCGGUGAUCAGAAGUCUGGAGGAGACCGAGAGGACGCUGGGAGAACGAAUCAGGACCAACACGCUUUAUAGCGCCGUGUUUACAUACACGGCCACCGCCAUCACCAUCAGUGCUGUUUACAUGCUGCUCAGAGGAGCCGGUUAGACCGAGACCUCUAUUAUGAAUAUGUUCACAUGCACUGAUUCACUGUCAGCAUCUAAUAAUAAUAAUGUAAAUACAUUAGAUCAGAGUGACUCAGUUUCUGUAAUUAACUGGUUACUUGUGUUGAUUUGAGCUCAUCUGAACUAUUAGAAGGACUUGGGUUCGUAUUCCAACUGUGCUGCAUUUUAUUUUAACCACAAGCAGUCUGAGCAGUUUUUAGAAUGAAGCAAACAUGAUAAGAUUUGUUGUCUAAUUAAUUCCACAAUGAAACACUGGACUACAGUUUGGAUACUAAUGUUGAUUUAUUGUCAGGUGCUGUGAGGAAAUAUUCCUGUUGCUUUUAUUAAAUACGGCUGUGGUUGCAAACUGUU